AGAAAGCGAGGCCUGGCUUAUUCCCUCAGAAAGCGAGGCCUGGCUUAUUCCCUCAGAAAGUGAGGCCUAGCUUAUUCCCCAUCGAAAGUGAAGCCUAUUCCAAGGAAAGCGAGGCCUAGCUUAUUUCCCAUUAAAAGUGAAGCCUGUUCCCUCAGAAAGCGAGGCCUGGCUUAUUCCCUCAGAAAGCGGGGCCUGGCUUAUUCCCCAUCGAAAGUGAAGCCUAUUCCAAGGAAAGCGAGGCCUAGCUUAUUUCCCAUUAAAAGUGAAGCCUGUUCCCUCAGAAAGCGAGGCUUUAUUCAUAAUGCGAGGCCUGGCUUAUUUCCCAUCGAAAGUGAAGCCUAUUCCAACGAAAGCGAGGCCUAGUUUAUUUCCCAUUAAAAGUGAAGCCUGUUCCCCCAGAAAGCGAGGCCUGGCUUAUUCCCUCAGAAAGUGAGGCCUGGCUUAUUCCCCAUCGAAAGUGAAGCCUAUUCCAACGAAAGCGAGGCCUAGUUUAUUUCCCAUUAAAAGUGAAGCCUGUUCCCUCAGAAAGCGAGGCCUGGCUUAUUCCCUCAGAAAGUGAGGCCUGGCUUAUUCCCCAUCAAAAGUGAAGCCUAUUCCAAGGAAAGCAAGGCCAGCUUAUUUCCCAUUAAAAGUGAAGCCUGUUCCCUCAGAAAGCGAGGCCUAGCUUAUUCCCCAUCGAAAGUGAAGCCUAUUCCAAGGAAAGCGAGGCCUAGCUUAUUUCCCAUUAAAAGUGAAGCCUGUUCCCUCAGAAAGCGAGGCUUUAUUCAUAAUGUGAGGCCUGGCUUAUUUCCCAUCGAAAGUGAUGCCUACUCCAAGGAAAGCGAGGCCUAGCUUAUUCCCUCAGAAAGCGAGGCCUGGCUUAUUGCCUCAGAAAGCGAGGCCUGGCUUAUUCCCUCAGAAAGCGAGGCCUGGCUCGUUCCCCUUCGAAGGCGCGGCCUACUCCCCGAGAGGGGCCUAAGCGAGGCCUGGCUCGCGCGGAGGGCGGGCGGGAGGCCUCGCGGGCGGUGAUUGACGUGGGCGUCCGUUGGCGGCCGGUUGGGCAGGUGGAGGCGCCUGGAAUCGAACCGCGGGAGGGGAGGAAGGGGCGGGAAGGUCGGGCGGGGAACGCGAUGGAGGACCCGCUGCUCUCCGCGGCGGCGCCCCCGCCCGCCUCCGCCGCCUCGGCCUCCUCGUCCCCGUCCUCCUCGCCCAUCAACCCCAACAACUUCCCGGCCAAGCUGUGGCGCCUGGUGAACAGCCCUCGCUUCCGCUCCAUCCGCUGGGACGCGCGGGGAGAAGGCCUGCUCAUCGACCAGCCGCUCUUCGAGGCCGAGCUGCUCGGGGGCGGAGGCGGCGGCGGCGGCGCGGGCGGCGGGAACAACGGCAGCGGGGACGGCGCCCCCCCGGCUCCCCCUCCGCCGCCGCCGCCUCAGCCCUCGGCCGCCUCCCCGGAGCUCUUCAAGACCACCAACUUCACCAGCUUCAUCCGGCAGCUCAAUUUGUACGGCUUCCGGAAGGUGGUGCUGGGCCCGCCCGCGGGAGGAGGCGGAGCGACAGCGGGAGGAGCCAACGCUUCCCAGGCUUCCGCGGCCUGCUCGGGCUCCGGCGCCUCGGCCUCGCCUGGCAGCGGGCCCCUGCACCACUUCCACAGCCCGCACUUCCGCCGCGACCGCCCCGACUUGCUGGUCCACCUCAAGCGCCUCACCAGCGCCAACAAGGCCAAGCUCGCCGCCGGCCUGGAAGUCACCAGCAGGCCGCCCAACCGCUUCCAGCGCCUCCUCAGCACCUCCCUCCAGCAGGCCCAGCACCAGCACCAGGCCCCGCAGCAGCCCGGCGGAGAAGGCCUCCUCGCCCCGCAGCACGGAGGAGCCGGAGCCGGAGGGAACCACAGCCCCGGCAAGGGAGGAGAAGGCGGCGCCAAGGCCGUGCCGCUGACCCUGGGCCAGUUCCACCGCUCCUUCCGCCGAGACAGCCUCUCUCCGUACUCCUACCUCUCGCCCUCGCCUCACAGCCCCAACGGCUUCUCGCUGAAAGGCACCGACCGGACCCCGCUCCCUCCGCGGACGUGGCCGGGCUCCCUGGGGAUGCUCCCGGGGCAGGUGGACGCCUCGGCCUUCCCGGACAAGGCGGUCCCCUUCUCCGUCCUCCAGCGCUUCCCCACCGAGGUCACCUACACCCUGCAGCCCAGCGCCACCUCCGUCCACAUCCAGCAAGGGACCCAGGCCAUGGCCGCCGCCGCCUCCGCCGCCCAGAAGUACACCGGAUUCGCCACCUCUGUGCCGUACUCCCAGGCUUACUACCCAGCGGCUGUAUUGCAGUGUUGCUCUCCAUCGACCCACAUGGACCCGCUGAGCGGUUGUGGAAGCCCGACGCCUUCGACCUACACACACUGUAGCUAUUUUCAGAAUCCUUCCUUGCAGUCUUCAUACCCCGUGGAGUUCCUGCCUUCCAACUGGUCCUGCAACGCCUCGGAUGAAGCCAAGAAGACCGAGGUCAACCUGGAGGCCGUCUUCCAAAUCGUGGACGAGAUGCACUCCUCCCCGAAGCUGGAGAUGGUCAAAGUGGAGCCCGUGGACGGCCAGGGUCCGUCCGUGCCGCCAUGCCGUGGGCAGCCCUUGCUGGUGAGCGCUGCCGGGGCCGGGAGCGAGGCCUCUUCCUCCGCCUCCUCCGCCUCCUCCUCCUCGGGCCAGGCCAGCCACCUGGAGCCCCUGACCCCCGUGGGCUCCGACAUCACCUCCUUCGUGGUGGAGACCGACCACGCCAUCGCCUGCUCCCUGCCCCAGUCGCCCCAGUUCAUCUACACCAUCCACACCGCCGAGCCGGUGGAGAACCCGGCCGCGCAGAUGGUCCAGCAGCCGGGAUCCAUGGUCCAAGUGCCGGUGAAACUCAAAGACCCACUGAACCAGCCACCCGCUCAGGCUGCUGUCGUCUUUGUCCAGGAGGAGCUCACCUUCAGCCAGGAGGAUCCCAGCAUCAAGUGCCAGGCCAGCCCCUCCGAGGCGGUGGUGGCUUCGGAGCAAAUCGGCUUCCUCAUCGCGGAGGUGGAUCCGCUGGGCAAGUGUGCCAAAGACAUCGCUCCAUCCGUCCAAAACAAAUGCCGGGAAAGAAGGAGCAGCUCCCAGAAGGGCAAAUCCCCUGAUCUCCACCUCCUCGUGGACGUGGCGUGCAAGCAAGAGCAUUUCCCGAAGGAGGAAGAGCUGCGGGAGUGAGGAAAGCCCGUGCAAGUGCCAUUUGGGCCUCUUGCUCCAGCCGGACUUGGGGGGUCCUUUCCGUUGUGCCUUUCCGUUCCUCCUCCUCGCCUCGGAUUUCGUUUCGCAUGUAAAUAGGCUCACCUUUGUUUUUUCUUCUUUUUUGCGUAGGUCUUAAGUCCUUUUACAGAUUGGUUUGUCCAGAUGUUAUUAUUGAUUUGCCCAAAGUUCCUAAUGGCAGACCACCUGGGCUCGUAAUGUUCCCAAAAUUCAGAACGUCUCUUAUUUUGCACACCAGAAGAGACAAACACAAAGCCAGGUGCUAUCCCCAGACGUCCGUUCUUAGGAAAGACGGCUUAUUCUCCCCAUAUUUACAUAGGAAGUAUAAGUUUUUCCCAUUCUUUUGUCAGCUUUUAAACGAAUAGCGUAUUUUUAAAUAAUUUAAUAAUUUCCUCAUUUUAGGGGCACUUUAAUGCAAACGUUGUUCUAGGAUAUUCAUUAGCUAAAAUGUGUCUUACUGGCUCUCGUAUUUAUUGACAAAGGAUUUUUAAAGGACAUGUCUUAGUCCAAAUAUAUUGAUUUAUGUUAUUAUAAGAAUAAAUAUUGCACUAGAACGCAUGUGGGAGAAUGACAAUGUGCUUCAAGCUCACUGUUGCAUCUCCUGCAAUAUUCCUAGGCUCAUUGAUGAGUAUUUGGAAGAUAAAGGAUGAUUGUAGUCUCUAAAUAAAUCCGUAGCAUCUUAUGUGAAGCGGGUAAAACUCUCAGGUGUGUCUCUCCAAAGCAUUUCCAUGGUUUCAGCCCCAAAUGUGUUUGGCCAGCAAAACAAUAAAUGGACUUGUCCAAAUAA